AGUAGUAGUCGAUGUGACUUUUGCCAAACGUUUCACCCGGCGAAGCAAAUCUUACAUAGAGAAAUAUAUUUUUAUAAAGGCAUUUACACAAUAGAAAAGCAUGGCAGCUAAACUGAAUGGCGAGUGGUCUAAAGCGUACAAAUGUGUACCACAGGACAACAUAAUUUCACAUCGAUACGCAAAAUCGAAACCGUUCAUCCCAUCAUAUGAACAAGGAAAUUGUUCAGCGAAUAUGAACCUUUUACUUGGAUGGGAAUAUGCAAGGAUAUGGGAAAAAGAGCAUGCAUCAUAUCUUGAAGCCCGAAAACAGUCUGAGAAAGCUAGACUUCCCAAACGUGAUUCCUCUAAACUUAAAUUGAGAAAACAGAAGAAAAGGGUCAGUGGCCCUCUCGGUAAGCAGGUGAGAACAGCAAAAUCAAAGCCUGGACGUAAACCAGCAAGUGACGGUGGAAGAUUGGCGGCUGGUGGUGGAAACUAUGGUGCUAGUAAGAAAGAUGAAGAUGCUUUAAACUUCGCUUAUGGGGAUAUUUGUACUGGAAAUGUUGCUCCCCCAGCUGAAGAUUCAGUUGGUGAAAUUGACACGGGUGCCUUGGAAUGCGAAGAUAAUGCCCAACAGGCUGAAUUGAAGCUUGUGAAAAAUGAAAUGAAACAGGAUUUACCUAAAACCUAUAUUGAUCCUCAGCAAUACUUAGGCGGCAUACCAAUUGAGCAGAAUGACUUACAGCAGCUUUGUGAGGCAACUUCACUAGAAUAGGCUAUGUAAUCUAAAUUAUUUAGCUAAUAGAUGUCGUGUUUAACAAAAAUAAUCUCAUUUCACCACCCAAAGCUACAGUCGUGGUUGCAAUUAUACGAUAAUUUACGCUUUAUUGGCAUAGUGACCUUUAACUCAAAACCUAAAUUUUGGAAUAUACUGUGAUGUCCUUAAUAUUGAAUUCGUACAAAAUCUGGCAUUUUUCACCAAGAAAUAAAUAGUCAUUACUCCGCA